ACCCUGCGAACUGACCGCUACGGCUGCACUGAAAAUAAUCCGUUGCGUAGUCGACGUAUUUUGCCGGCUUGCGAAAAGAGACGAAUUGCAAGAACUUUGAUUAUUUAUAAAAAAAAAACUGAAUACUCUUAUCAGCCGAUUGUUCAAGCAGAACAGCCGAACGAUGAAUAUUGCAACUCAUUGCGCAUUUUUAAUAGUGGUGGCUAUAUGCAGCGCCGUGGGAGAAGGGGGGCGCCCUUCCUAUAGAAGAAGCUUUAUCAAUCCGUAUCCGCGAUACCGGUAUUUCGAGGACGGUGUCGAUCCUGGUGAGCCUCUUUUCCUCACGCCGCUGAUCAACAAUGCCUCCAUGCCCAAGGCGGAUGUGCAGAAGCUGGCCCGCGUCAUCGGCUCGCAGUUUCAUGGUGUGGAGAGCUACUCCGGCUACCUGACAGUGGAUCCGGGCUACAACUCUAACAUGUUCUUCUGGUACUUCCCUGCCGAGCAGGAGCCAGAAUAUGCCCCUGUGGUUCUCUGGCUUCAGGGCGGCCCAGGAGCCUCUUCUUUGUUCGGUUUGUUUACUGAAAACGGUCCCAUCGAGCUGGACAGCCAUGGAAAACCACAGAGGCGUAACUGUACCUGGAGCAAGACACACAACCUGAUCUAUAUCGACAAUCCCGUGGGAACCGGAUUCAGUUUUACCGAUAAUGAGGCGGGCUAUGCCAAGAACGAAAGGGAUGUGGGCCGCAAUCUCCACGAGGCCGUGAUGCAGCUGUACGAGCUAUUUGAAUGGAGCAACUCCACUGGGUUCUGGGUCACAGGCGAGUCCUACGCCGGCAAGUAUGUGCCAGCCUUGGCUUACCACAUUCACAAGGUGCAGAAUGCCAUCGAGACGCGAGUCUAUGUGCCGCUCAAGGGGGUGGCCAUUGGAAACGGACUGUCGGAUCCACUACACCAGCUCAAGUACGGCGAUUAUCUCUACCAACUGGGUCUAAUCGAUGACAAUGGCUUGCGGAGUUUCCACGAAGCCGAGGCGAAGGGAGCCGAAUGCAUCAAGAAGCAUGACAUGGAGUGUGCCUUUGACGUCUUUGACUCACUGAUCAACGGGGAUUUAACCAAUGGCUCCCUGUUUAGUAACCUUACGGGCUACAACUGGUACUACAACUACCUUAAGACGCACGACGACGAUGGCGCCGGAUUGGGCGACUUCCUACAGGCAGGCGCCACACGUCGGGCCAUCCAUGUGGGUAACAAACCGUUCCACGAUCUGGACAAGGAAAACAAGGUGGAAAUCCAUUUAAAGAAGGACGUCAUGGACACCGUGGCUCCCUGGAUUGCUGAACUGCUGGCUCACUACACUGUGUGCAUCUAUAGCGGCCAAUUGGACAUAAUUGUGGCUUAUCCGCUGACUCGCAACUACCUCAAAGAACUCAAGUUCCCGGGCUCUGACAAGUACAAAGUGGCUCCUCGAGAGAUCUGGCGCAUCGAUAACGAGGUGGCUGGUUAUGUGAAGCAUGCCGGCCACUUGGUGGAGAUCAUGGUGCGUAAUGCUGGUCACAUGGCUCCCCACGAUCAACCCAAGUGGCUAUACGAGAUGAUCAAUCAUCUUACUCACUACAAGCACUAGGAGUCGGAUACUCAAAGGUGUGGCGUCUCAACAUUUGGCAUUCUUUUAAAAUUUCUAUAU